GAUUACUACAAUUAUUUAAUAUGAAAGAUUAGAACAAUGAACGUUUUUCGGAUUUUCAUUUGUUUUUCAUUGAAUCAAACUUAAUCCUCAAUACAUAUAGAAUGAAUGAACAACUGGACAUAUACGAACAAAUAACACGUAAAAUUUGUUUUCAUUGUUACCAAUCUGAUUUCUUUCGACUUUCGUAAAAGUGCCUUUUCAUUUUCACUGAUAACUUAUGUAAUAUGGUAACGCGCACUUACUUACAAAUAAAUAAUGAUGGUUAUAUCUACCAGCAACCUGUAUCAUACGUCACACAGAAUACACAAAAUUUUCAACGACAAUGGAAAAGUCAUCAGAAUUUACAUGAAUCACGCUUGCUUAAUCGUCAUGUAUCUGAUCAGUACAUUACUAUACCGACAACACGUUUCAAUAAUGAUUCAUAUAAAAAAGUAAAUGGAUGUUAUAACAUCACUUUAAGUAUCAAUAAUACUAAUAAUAAUAAUAAUGAUACUAGUAAUCACUGUAAUAGCAAUUAUAGUAUUAAUAGUGUAAACAACAAUUGUGUGCAACAAAAUGUUUACAAGCCUCUAUCAAAUUUAUCUGACAACAUCAAUAAUCAUCGUCUAGUAUCAAAAGAAAAUUCCUCUACCAUAAGGUUCGGUGAAAAAUUACGUUCUACAUCCCUACCACCAUUAUUGCAUACUAAAAAUUAUUUUACUCCACAAAAAUCAAUAAUUGCCAAUACUGGCCACACUUCACCAUCAUUGGUCAAUCAGAUAUGUCAUAAAUUCUCUUCUACCUCCGCAUGUCAACACAGUGGUGCAGAUUGGGAAGAUUGCCGUAUUAGUAUAGACUGUUUUGGUAUUAAAGGAAAACAUUGUAAAUCAAUAAGACACCUACACAAGAAUCACAGUUAUAAAUUAGCACCACAAAUGCAUUUAUCAUCAACACGUAUUGGUAACACACAGAAUGGACUGAAUGAUAAAUAUUUACUCCCUUUACCAAUAAGGACACCUUCUAUUCAUUUAGAAAAUACAAAGUUAAAUAAAACAUCCCAAUCAAUAAGAUCGCAUAGUUUAUGCGCUAGAUCUGUCCGUCUAUCAAUUAUACCGUUAAAUCCAAUCUACAAAAGAUCACCAUCGUUAUUAAGAAGAAAACAGUGUUUAACAAAUCACACUAAUCAGUCGAUAAGAACUAGAACUACACCUUGGAUUAAUUCAUUUGAUUUACACAAUUAUCAUACAGUUCUUCGUAAUUGUUGGCGUAAAAAUUUAAUUCAAAGAAUGGCUUUCAAAAUUGAUGAUUUUACAAUCCAAGAAGAUCAAGUAAAAGUUGCCAAAGAUGUUUUCAAACGUUUUGACAAAAGAGGACAAGAAAAAAUUAGCACCACUGACUUAGGUCCGGCUUUUCGUGCACUUAAUCUUACUGUUAAACCAGACACUUUGAAAGAAUGGGCUGAUCAGGUUGAUGACGAUGCUACCGGAUUCAUUGAUUUUAAUGGAUUUCUAAUUUGUUAUGGAAAGAAACUUCAAGAAGAUCAAGAUGAAAGAGAUUUAAGAGAUGCAUUCCGAGUUCUGGACAAAAAUAAACGCGGAGAAAUUGAUGUCGAAGAUUUAAGAUGGAUAUUAAAAGGUCUAGGUGAUGAUCUUACUGAAGAAGAAAUAGACGACAUGAUUCGAGAUACUGAUACCGAUGGAUCAGGAUUUGUCGACUUUGAUGAAUUCUAUAAAUUGAUGACAUCUGAAUAGAAUUUACAAUUUCACUUCAAUGAGCACAAGUGAAAAUUAACUCAAAAUUGCAUUUCAUUUAACCUUUUCUCUUGUAACAUAUUACUAUUAUUAUUAUUAUUAUUACUAUUGUUA